CGCUCUACCAAUUCCGGUUCCUUUUUAUUGAACUGUAAAACCACGCCUUUUAAUGCUACCUUCCUCCAAGUUGCAUAAAACCAGUGAGUCAAUGAACAGAAUUGACGAGCCCCGGCGACGGACGGAGCAGCUCUGACUCGGUGGCGAUGGCGGGACGAAACCAUCCCUAUUCAAGAACAUUGAAUUCUCGUCCGUCAAACAUCGUUGACACCCACCGACUCAUCCACAGCCAUCGCCAACCUCAGGCCAACCCUGCCGCAGUAAUUGAGGCCCAACAACGUGAGAUCCAAAUCCUUCUCCGCGACAACCAGCGCUUGGCCGCCAACCACGUCGUACUCAAUCAAGAGCUAGCCGCCGCCGAUCAGGAGCUGCGCCACCUAUCUUCCACGGCGGCAAAAGUAAAGGCGGAUUGCGAUGCUCGGGUGCGCGAGGUCUACGAGAGUUCCCUUAAGACAGAGGCUGAGCUCCGGUCACUUGACGCCAUGAGUGUUGAAUUGGUUCAGGUGAAGUCCGAUAUUGAGAACAUGACGGUCGAAACUAAAGAAUUGACCGCAAAAUUGCGUGAGAUAAACGAGGCGCUCGCCUCGUCUGCCCCUCAGUUGGAGGGAUUUCCUGGCAUCGAAGAGGAGCUACAGACCAUGCGCCAGGAAAUUAAGAGAGGAAGAGCUGCGAUUGAGUACGAGAAGAAGAUGCAUGCCAGCAACCUUGAACAGAGCGAAGUACUGGAUAAGAAUGUCGUAUCUAUGGCCCGUGAAAUUGAGAAAUUACGCGCGGAGCUUGCUGAUGCUGAGAAGAGAGCAAAGGCAGCAGCAUCUGCUGCUGCUGUUCCUGCUCCUCCUGGUAUUUGUGGAUUGAGAUGUGGAGUUUUUAAACCAUUAUUGUCUUUUCAAUUAACUGACUAUGAUUAUCUCUGCGUAUGCUCUUACGAAGUUCUGCAAAUUCCUUUCAAGGUACCGGGUAUCCCCCUGUAUUUCCAAUGGCUGAGGCUGCAUAUGGUGGCAACUAUUAUGCUGAGCAUUACUCCUUGCAGCAGGUUUGUUUAUUAGGUUAUGUUUCUUAAAAUUGAAGGAACUAUAAGUGGUUUUGAUCUUCUUGGUAUGUUCUACUCCAUCUAUCCGAGAAAAGGAGAUUGUAUAUGUCCUUCUCAUAGUAAAUGGGAAGACAAGAAAGUAAUCCUCUAUUAAGAACACUUGGUCCAUUGAUACAAGAUUGCUUAUGAAACUUCUUUAGUAUCCUUCAAAGUGAUUACACAAACUUGACCUCUGAUGCUAAUUUUGAUGCUACUUAGUCUGUAUUUUUAUGUAUUUUCUUGUUACAAGGUGGCGUUUUACUUAGCCUAGGAUCUCACAUUAAAACACUUAUCUUAGUCUGUAUUUCUUGCUGGUUAUUUGGUUAACACCUGCCUCUGCUUUCUGCUGUUGAUUCGAUUACGAGUGAGCCAAUCCUGCUUCAAGCCAUCCAUUGUGUUUCAAUUUCUGGAAGAUACUUUUAUGUCGGAUCCAUCUGUUUUGUUGCUCAACAUUCUCACAUUUUAUACAUGGUUGCUAUUUUCUUGCCUUUAAUGUGGACUUUUGGAACGCCCGAUUUUAAUGAGAUGAACUGUCUAAUUUGCUCCAGGUUCAGGCUCAUGGUGCCAGUUAUUACGGUCAUGGAGGAGUGCCUCAUGUUCCAGCUACACCUUAUGACUUGCAGCAAUCCAAUGUACUCAGAUAACCUUUUUGUAGAGGGAUUCAAGCAGGCACUUGAUUAAAAUUUUCAGUAACCUAGGGAACUGAAGGUCAGACUUAAAAUAUAUCUAUUAGAUGAUAUUGCUUGAUCCAUAGAAGGAAUCUAUGAUUUGAAAAAACGCAAAAGAGGCAUCCGGAGAUUCCAAAUCGAAGUUGCGAAUUCACUGGUAACAUCUUUUGUCCUUGUACAUAUCUCUCGAUCACCGCCUUUAGUGCUCAAGAUUGAAGAUAAUUAGGAUUUAGGAAACAUUUGUGCCUCUCGGCUGAAAUAGGAGAUACUGUCCUUGAAACAUUUAGAAAUAGUGGGAAGAUUAUUCUUUAGUCUUGCUAUUUAUCCCACCUAGCGAUUUUUCUGGUCCACAUUGGAACGUAGGUUUAAAGAAGGGAAAGAGAGAAUGCUUCCAAAUGGCAUACAUCAUACUCCUUCCAUCCCAAAUUAUUGUCCAAUUUGAGAUUUUACUUUUAAAAUAAUUUGAACUAAAAAUGAAAAUUCAAACUAGACAACAAAGGAAGGACUAAUAAAUGAGCUUAGAACCAUUUCCUAUCCCCA